GGUGGCGGUGGUGGCCGGGCUGGGGAUGCAGCUCCCCACCGUGCCGGGCACCCUCGCCCCCUCCCUGCUGGCCAUCCCCGUGGCCUUGGGCAUCAACGCGGCCACCGCCUUGGCAGACAACCCGCUGGCGCUGAUGCUGACGGCGGUGCUGGUGCUCGCCGGCCUCAUCUCCAUCAUCUUCUUCGUAAGCGGAGGGAGCCACUUCCAGGACCCCCUUUUCUGCGUGUUUGUGCUGUUCUCCUUCACCUCCGUCGUCGACUUGAUCAUCUCUCUGGAGGAGGAUGGCUACAUCUCUGGCUUCAUGGAGGUCUACGUCCGAGAGGGCGAGCCCUACCUGCGCACGGCGCACGGCAUCAUGAUCUGUUACUGGGACGGCAUCGUCCACUACGGGCUCUACCUCGCCAUGAUGGUGGCCAUGGGCCAGAGAAAGAGCUACAGGAACCUGGGUCUCUUCUGGCUGGGCUCUCUGAUGAUGAGCAUCAUCGUCUUCCUCCUCGGGAACCUGAUAGGGAAAUACAGCUCCGACCUCAGCCCUUCCUUCCUCCUCAACCUGCCCUACAUCCUCAUCCCCAUCUGGGCUGGGACAAGGCUCUUCCAGCAGCCCAGGGUCCUGCCGUGUCUCAGCCCCGAGAAGGUUGCAAAGGAGCAAAGCAAGCGCCUCUACCAGCGACCCCAGGACGUGGGGCUGGUCCUGCUCCUGCUCCUCACCGCUGCCUUCACCUUCUUCAGGGGGAUGGUGGUUUUGGACUGUCCUGCUGAUUCCUGCUUCGAGUACAUCUACCAGCAUGAGCCGUACCUGCGCGACCCCGUCGCCUACCCCAAAGUGCAGAUGCUGAUCUACACCUUCUACGUCCUCCCCUUCUUCUGCCUCUGCAUCUACGGGCUGGUGCUGCCCGGCUGCUCCUGGCUGCCCGACUGGAGCCUGGUGUUUGCCGGCGCCGUGGCGCAGGCUCAGUUCUCCCACCUGGGCUCCUCGCUGCACCCCCGCACCCCCUUCCCCUACCAGACCCCCGAAGACGUCUGGUGGAGCUUCCUCCUCACCAACCUCCUCUACGCCCUGGGCCCCCAACUCCUGGCCCUCCGCUGCCUGCGCAGCCCUGCCUUCUUCCUGCCCACC